CCGACGACAUCGCCCCACACUGCCCACACGCCCCCGCGCAGAGGCGAGCCGUCAGCGCUAUAGUUUCAAGCCGUCCGAGCAUGGAUGUCCGGUGAUUUCCCCAUGUUGGCCGACAGUUCCGACUUUAAUUUUGGUCCCCACGUCGCCUUCCCCCCCCCUUUUUUUUUAUCCACUCCCUGAGCUGAGCCAGCGUUUCCGCUAGCAUUCCUUGAUCGCGGGCAAACCCGACAGCUCCACCGCAGCACGAAGACGAGCGAUUUUUAUGCUGGCCCAUGAUCGCGAAAACCAUGCAAGAGUCAGCAGGAGUUUGUAGCCAGAGGGAGGAGGAGCUUGCAGUGCAGGAGUUCUACAGGGACAAGGCGGUGCUCAUCACGGGGGUCACGGGCUUCCUGGGUAAGAUCCUCCUUGAGAAGCUCCUGCGUUCGUGCCCCGGAAUCAGGCGGAUCUUUCUGCUGAUCCGGCCCCGAAAAGGGUGCAAGUCUAAAGAACGGCUUGCAGCACUGCUCAAGGCAGAGUGCUUCGAGCACAUCCAUCGGGAGCACUCGGACGCGCUCGAGAAACUGACGGCCAUCGAUGGGGACCUGACGGAGCCGGGGCUGGGGCUGCAGCCGGACGACUACGAACUCCUGACGCGCGAGGUGUCGGUCGUCUUCCACUCCGCCGCCACCAUCAAGUUCAACGAAACUCUCAGGCAUGCGGUGGAGAUGAACAUUGAAGGAACCAGGAAAGUGCUCAAGCUGUGUCAUGAAAUGAAAAAUCUGAAGUCUGUGGUGCACGUGUCGACGGCUUACUGCAACUGCGACUGCAAGAAGCUGGACGAGCGGAUAUACCGGCCCCCGGUGCAUCCGCAGAACAUCAUCGCGUGCACAAAGUGGAUGGAGGAGAGCAUGCUGGCGGCGCUCACUCCGCAGCUGCUCCGCUCCAAGCCCAACACGUACGUCCUGGCCAAGUUCCUGAGCGAAUCCCUGGUGGCCGAAGAAGGCUGGGACCUGCCUGUGGCCAUCAUCCGGCCCUCCAUUGUAGCCGCCUCCUGGAAGGAGCCCUUUCCCGGCUGGGUGGACGCCCUGAACGGCUCAACGAGUCUGCUGGCUUCGUGCGCUUCCGGAGUGAUGACGACGAUUGUGACGGACGUGAAAGGUGUGGCGGACAUUGUUCCCGUGGACGUGGUGGCCAACCUGAUGAUUGUGGUGGCCUGCCAGACAGCGGCCAAAAGGGCGGAGCAACAGCAGCGGCAGCAGCAGACGGGCGAGGAGGCGUCCGAGCGGCUCCAGUCGGAACCCCCUUCUGAGCAGCAGCAGCCGGCGGUGUACAACUGCGUGACGGGGUCGCUCAACCGGCUGGUGGUGGGAGACAUCCGGCGCUACCUGGCCAAGUUCCUGCCCCUGUACCCGCUGCAGGACACCUUCGGCUACCCCCGGGUGGACAUGACCUCCAGCCAGGUCUACCAGAGCGUCAUGGUCUUCUUCCGAAACUACCUGCCAGCCGUGGCCGUGGACUUCGUUAGGCGCUGCACCGGCCGCAGGCCCAGGAUGGUCCGCUUCCUGGAGCAGUCCAAAAGUGCCAUGGAGGCGGUGCGCUUCUUCACCACUCAGACCUGGGAGUUCUCCUCCAACAACAUGAUCCUGCUUCACGACAGGCUCUCUCCCUUCGACCGACAGACGUUUGACAUUGACAUCCGCAAGAUAGACUGGGAGAGCUACUGGGAGAACUACCUGCUGGGGGUGCGGCGCUACCUCUUCAAGCAAGACCCUUCCACCCUGCCAGAGUCACGCAAACGACUCAAGAGGCAGCAGGCGGUACGCGUGGCCCUGAAGACCCUGCUGUUUCUCGGCUUCCUGAGAAUCCUGCUGGGGCGCUCCAAGCUGGCGCAGCAGCUCUGGAGGCUCGCCAUGGGCCUCCUCUCUCGUCUGCUGCACCUCGUCCGGUUCACCUCCCACAACUGAUUGCUUCCUCGCAAGAAGUUAGUGCCAACCGCAGAGCGACACUCCUCUCGGCCGUCUCGCCUCGAGAGGAUUCGCGUCGAAAGCGCCUCGUAGAAGCAGUUCCGAGGCUCUUUCGGCAGAAGCGCGGGCCACCGGAAACGUGCGCAACCGGCCCACCACGUCCCUUCUGCGUCCUGUGAAGGAAGAUACAUCCAGGCCCUUUGUUCGAUGGCUUUAUCUCGGGAAGUUUACGCAAUUCUGAGGUCUGACCGUUUGGCGAGGACGUGCAAGCUUACACGAUUCUGAGGUCUCGCCGUCCGACGAGUAUGUGCAAGUUUACGUGUCCCAAGGUCUCGCCGUUUGACCGGUAUGUGCAAGUUAACAUGAUUUGAGGGGCUUUCACAUGCUGGACGCAUUUUGGCUAACAUCACAAUUUCAAGUUUUUAGAGCAUUACGAACGAUUUGUUGCAAUGUGAAGAAGGCACUGGGGAUAAGACAAUGUGCAAAGGGUUGCAUCGAGGUUUUCAACGAUCAGAUAUCAAUUUCAGUUCUCUUGCUUCCUGUUGUACUCUUGGCACGUGGAACUUCAGAUUUGAAUGUGAACGCCACUCUCAAGGAAAGCUUUGUUCAGUUUUUGAGUGCGAAACCCGCAUACAUAUAUACAGUGUUACUCCGAGCUGCAGACAAAACUGAAGUCGUAUGUGGGGCAAUUGUCCAACCCAAGAUUUUUUUAAGUAUUGAUGUCAAGGCGCACAGGCACAGAUUGCAACACAGUUAACAGAAACAAGCAAUCUUGAGGGUUGCUAUUUUAUAAUCAAAUCAUUUAAAUCGUUUACUGCACAUCUGCGUUCACAGAUUUCCAAAGUGUGAUCAAAGCUACCACCGUAGUGACUCAAAAACACCUUUUUUUCUUUAUGAACGGAGCCCACAGAUACACUUUUUUGCGACUUGCACGAGAGGCCAGUCAUUGCAGUUUGCAGAGGAGCUCAGCAAAUGACUAGGCACUUUCAGCAUUUGGGCUAAGAUGUGGGAUUUGUAACGCCUUGCUCAGUCUCCUGGAGCAGAUUCCUCCUUUUCUAUUGUAAAUUUAAUCUGUCUCAUUAUUCACUGGUCCUCUUGCUUAUAUAUGUCUGAAUUUAAAGUUAUGAAUGGGGAAUGGCGGGCUCCAUACAUAAAAGGCUCGAAAUAUUUCCAAUUAUAAGCAACUAGUGUAGUGGAGCAUGCUUCUGUGAGACAACGACCUAAGUGGUAAAAUUUGGUGUUAGACAUUAACGCACCAUUACCACACAACUGUCUUCUGAAAGCCCUGACAGCACGUUUGCUCUGUGUCACGCAGUUUUGACAAAGCAAAACAUACAUUUGUAGACCACCAAUGAAAUUUUGGUGAGGCAACCUUUAUUUCACACUUGUGGCGGGUGUAAGAUGCCUGACUGCAAGAGAGGAAAAUACUAUUGAAUGUUUUGUUACAAUGUGGGAGGUCUAAAGCAAGCGAUGAAACGCAUGCCUUCUUUUGCAUAUCUUGGGGAAGCACUUUCACUCUUUAAGGUGAAUAUUUCAAAGUGAAUGUUGGUCAGCAAGCAGUUCGAAUUUUGGGUGUAUAAAGAAAGAUCUCGUGUACAAGAGUUAUAUUUUUAAUACUAUGAGUUUUUUGUGAAAGCCGCAUCCCCUUUACUCUGUUUCUACCUUGUGAUUCCGGAAAGCCUUUUUUUGUGCUUGGCCCCUCCUGGCUUGAAACUUUGACCGCUUCCCUACUGAUUGGUUUUCUAGGCUGUCGACCAACAAGUGUCACAUACUGUGACAAAAUGAUAGCUAGUGUCUGAGAAAUAUUCAAAAACAUGUUGCUUUAUUGCACGUUUUCUUUUCUUUUUUUUGGCAUAUGUAUUGACAGAGUUCAUAGUCGGCUCUUGAGUAAAUCAAUCAGUGGCAUAAGAACAGAAAAGGGGAGGGGGUGUUCCCCUUCCCUCCUUUCCUGGACACUUCACACGUUUCUAGUGGGGAAAAGGAAGUAAAAUUCCCCUUCCCCUUCUAUCAACCCCACUCCCUCCGUAAUUAUCCCUCAAACAAUCCUGACGGCUUUGGAAUCAGUAGUAGCGACGAGAAGUCAAGAAUUAUACAAAUACUGACAAAGAUGUAAAUGCCAGUUUAUUCAAACUCUCGCAAAAAUGUUGUCAUACCGAGAGAGUUUUAGGCCUUCUUGUAUCGGAUUUGUCUAUUCAGAGCACUAAGGCUGAAGGUGCCAUUAGAGCAAGUUGAGACAACAUUAGACGUCCUGCAAAGUUGGGAGUUUGCUAUAUCCAAGUGUUGUAGCUGUGAGGAGGUUUCCUUUAGGUCCCAAGAACCUUGUCUCGUUGCUAAGAGAAGCCUCCAGGAAGAUUGCCACAAUAAUAACUGGGCACAGAAAAAUUAAUUGCGAUUGCCCGAUUAACAGCAGAAGGAAAUGCAAGGAGUAUGCAGAAAUGUCUUAAAUUUACAUAUUUGAACCCUCGUUCCGUUCAAGCUUCAUUGCACAUCAGCAGGGUUGUUUUUCCUUAUUCUUUUUCACAAUGAUGAACAAAGUUUUUUUUAAUAAACAUAUAGAUUUUCUCCCAAAUUUUUAAAAAGAAAGAUUGCCAGCCAACUGGAAGUCAUUCAAAGUAUGCCUAGCAGGUUAGCGGAACAUAAAGAACCCAAUACUUAGCUACCAUCCACCAAGCCCUGUUGCCCAAGCCCAAUCGAGGUGAUGUUUGAACUCUUGGUGAGCUGCAUUUCAAAAUGCUAAGUGCUGCCCCUUGCUGCUAACGGUUGUAAGAGCAUGCUUUUAAAUUGUAAUUACAGGCUAUGAAAACAAAUGUCGCAUGGUUCUUGCGAAACACAUUUAGUUUGUGAACAUGCAUGUUUUUUUGGCGCCACAUUUCGUGGGCUUUCAUUUCACUUCCACGAGGGUAAAUAAUUUCGCCGGAUUCUGGGCAAGGAAUUUACGUGGUGAAUCCUCGCCAGAGUAAAUUUCUGUUGGUGACAAGUUUAGAAUGGUAAAAUCUUCACUUUACAAUCUUCUUCUUUUUUUUUUUUGCUACAAUACUUUUUUAGGCUCCAGAUUUCUCUCGGUUGGAAGAGGUUUUACAAAAGUGUCCUUUCAUUCGGGACGUUCGACGACGCUGUAGUAACGAAACGACAACGUAAAAUCCAUAUUUCUGUGUGUGACUGAAACUGGCGCGGUCGUUUACAACUUCUUGGGAUGCUUCUCCAUUUAUAACUAGGGUUUCCAUGUUUUCAGGGUUCGUUUUUCUUCGAAUUCGAAGUGUUCUUGGGGGGCAUUUUUUAUAUUCCCCAUAAAUUCCGUGUUUUUCUGUGUUUUUUUGUUUGUUUUUUUCGGCAAAACGCACUGAUGUUUAUCGGAGCUCAUGCUGAUGAAACGAAAAACAGACGUGCGAUUUCCCCAACCUCCGGAGAACAUGUGUGUGACGCAAAUCGCUGAAGAAAGCUGCUGUUUCAAUAAGACAAUGAAAUGGGACAAUAGGCAUGGUGCACGAAGGAAGAAGGGGCCUCGCAGACAAUACGGUGCAGGCCGUAUUCCCCUGAUUAAUACAAAAUAAAGCUGUAGAUAAAGAUAGCUUCCUCGAAACUUGGGGUUUAUUUUUUUUCUUUCAUUCGAGGACGGCUCCGAUUUGGGGGUUUUCGGAUUUCACCCGACAUCAAUAAAACGGGCUCGAGGAGUUCGUUCUCGGGGUUUGUGGUACUUACCGAAAACGUGGAGCCCUAUUUAUAACCUUUCACCACGCAAAGAGUUCACCGACGUUCUGUUCAAAGUGUCAAUGAAAGCUUCAAGCCUGAGUGAACUGGUAGUUAUCAAACGAGACUCCACUGUGCUCAAGUGUAGGGGCACAUUAGACUUUGUUCUAACAAAGGGACUGCAUACUGCAGCAACGCCGAUGCUACGAGCACGCGCUCGUAACCUCGCGUUGCAAGGCGAGGUGGUCGGGCUGUGCGGAGUGCAAGUUCGUCUGCUUCUUGCACGAGAGUUGUGAUGAUGUCAGAACGACGUCGAUUGAAAAAAAUGGUGGGUUGGUUUCUAGGUAUCUAGCGUUUCGGUCUACCCACAAUCCUUUUAAUCAAAGCCAAUGGGAGUGUGGCAUCGUUCUGGCGUUACCACAACUCCUGCGCAAGAAGCAGACGACUUGCUUUUCGCAAUGGCAGGGAAAUAGAUCUAUAGGGGGCACUUUGUCUAGCUUGUUUUCUUACAGGGCUCGGUGUUUAACAGAUGCAGGGCCCGUGUACUGGGUUCUUUUCGUCUGCCUUUCUCGGUUGAGCACAAGGCACAGAUUUUGUGCGAGUGCUGCUUCUGCACUUGGCUGGGCCUUGUGUUCGGUCGGUGCUUGACUGAUCGAACGCUGACCCCAGCUGAACGCCGACGCAGAGCUUGGCUAAGCCGAGUGCUGCAUCAAGAACAUGGACAGAUAUUUUUUGUUGUCCCAAUGGGUUUAGUUCUCAACUUAGCCACUAGGAGCGCAACAGUUGGAUAUCCUCCCCAAUAGCAAAAAGGUCUUGGAUGUUGUGAAUGUUUAUACAAUGCUGGUUCAGUGCUGAAGAGGGGAAGUUUAGUUAGUAGGUGCAAUGAAGUAUGGGAAACUGUGACCUUGCGCUUGCUGUUCUGAGAAACUUGUGUCUUUGUUGUCGAAUGAGCUGGACUUCUUUUUGGCAGUGAAAGGGUUUGUCUUUAAUCCAGAAGCUGGUAUUCUGAUGUGUGUUAUAGUAGAUCGUGUGAGACCUUUUGCAUAUGUAUUUUCUACGUGAUUUCGGACGUCCUAAACAAUUUUGCAGACGAGCGAGUCUUUUUUUUUUUCCCCGAAGUUGCGAGGUUUGGUUUAAGGUCAUUGGGAGCGUGUUCGCCGUCGUUGACAGUUUUGAAAGACUCAUACCCUUUAAGAGGUGUCAAUGCUACCACGGCUCUUCGGUAUUAGUACCACUGUUCCGAACAGGGUGAUUCUGUCCAGGGAGGAAUUUGCAGUGUUGUGGAAAAGGAAAGAAAUAGACAUAUCAAGUUAGCGUGGGUAAAGGCCUCAAGUUGAGGAAUGCUAGAUAGGUGUUGGCUCUGUCACACGUAACAGAAUGUUUGUGCUAGCCGAGGCUAGAUUUGGCAUAGUGUUAAUGCGAUAGAUAAACAACUGAAACCACCGCAUUUGUGUGUUUCGCAAAUGCACGGUGGCACGGACAAACUGCAAAGGUCACUUGUGUUACGGUGGGAGCUAUGAUUACAGGCCCAAGAUGUAUUUCGCUGGGGUUGAUAACAUAUUCAAAUCUGAAAACAAUAUCUGGAGCUUCGGAAAAAUAAGUGCUACUUUAUUUAUAUUCUUUUGCUAGGGGACACUACCCCACACCUUGCUUCACUGACUGGUUGACUAGUGCUACCGUAGAUGGUUCCAUUAGUUACCGACACUUUAGCCCGUCAAGUGGCCUACGAAAGCGUAGGAAUUAUUGACGUACGGUGCACAGCAGUUUUUAACCUUUGAAGGCAACAUUAUAACCAACGACCAUAAAACUGAGCCUAUGUAGUCAUCUAUUGUUAAUGAGUUACAAAUAUUGAUUCAAACAAUAUAGUCUAUUCAAUGAUUACGGCGAAUGCAUAGUGACGUUGCGUGUCUGCUUUCUCGAAUGUAAAAAUGGGUAAAGUAUGCUGUAUACGAAUAAAAUGCCCACCCCCUUGCCCGACAUAAUUGUACUUUAUUUUGGAUAGAAAAUUGCUCUUUUCAAGAUGUGCGAGUAAUGAUGAGAGGUAUUCUCUGGAACCAUCUGUAAGCAACGGUAACCAACUUCCCAACACCAUUAUAACAGCUGUGUUGAGAGAAGGUGUUGCGGGUUUAACCUUUUGCUACACUUCAAGAACUUUGCUUAUUUCGGUUAGUGAACACUGCACAAUUCCGGGAGGCAUUCCAAAGUAUGAAAAGUGUGUUUUCUGUUCGGAUUGUUUCUCCAAUGCCAAACUGCUUCAAAGUGUGGGUGUGUGUGAUUUGCCAGGGAAGAAAGAGGGCUCCCAUUACCGAGCGUGCAUUUUCUGUUUACCGUGGACCCGACCUUUGCAGUUCACCGAAAGCUUGGUAGUGAAAGCCAAGUCCCACAGCGUUCCGUUCCUAGCGUGCAACAGAGUGGACACUUAUAGCAAGAAGCGUGCAACAUAUUGUGCAGCAUUAGGCGAGAACUCUGACAAGCCUCUAGGGCUGCUUACUCUUUUUCAAAUUUUUGUACCCCUCGGGGUGGACGCAAAAUUUUGUGACGAGAAGGGCAACGUUGCGAGUUUUUGAAACAUUAUUCUUGUGGAAAUGUAUUUUUCUAUUUCUCGACUGGACUCCAAGAACAAAAAGGCAUUUUGGGUGGGUGCGACUCCAUGUUUGCCACUGUGAAAUGAAAUUAGGCUGGCUUUUCUAAUGGUGUCGAUGUUGUCCUUUGCUGUUGUGCCUGAAGCUGAUUUUUGAUAUUGUAAUUGUUCGUUUUUUACACUUCAACCUUUGUAAAACAAAAAAUCUUUCGGGUCGUGGACAAUCUGGUCUGUGCGUUUUAAGGAUAGCCGGAGUGGGGCAUCGAACGUUGCACAAACUUUUUGGGGUGAAGUUAAAAAACUAUGUCUUUCUUUUUUCUGCAGAUUUGCAAGAUAUUAUAGUAUUUUGUUUUUUCUCUACCAUGUUAGUAUGCUUCACUGUAAACAGGACCUAGGCAUGGUUGUUAUAUACUAGUCUUGCUACUUUUAGGCAAGAGGUUUAACAUUGUUUUUGUAAAAAUGUGGGCAGAUGUCUUGAGGUGAAGGAUGUCUAUGUGUUGCUCUACAACUCUGGAGGGAGCGGCAGAGUUAAGCUGGCGCGGUUCCGAGUGCCUCUGGUAGCAUGCCUGCGAGCUCCACAUCUGUAUUGGGGAAGGUGAAUUAAAGUGCUUUCUUGGGUUAUCUA